GAAAACGAGCAACAGCAUUUCCCUUAUGAAACCUCUGUUUCGCUCUCUUUCUCUACCUUCCCAGCCUUUUCCAUCUGCAUACACCGGAAACGCAACAAUGAGCUCCCUCGCUCAUCAAGAACCGCCGGAGGAUGAACAACCCCCACUUCAAGAAGAAGAAGAACACGACGAGGCGUGCCCCGAGUCCCUCUUGCCCCGCCUCAGCGUGCUCAGCUGCCACUGCCCCGCCGCCGCCAAUGCCGCCGCCGGCAACCCCGUGAAGCGGAGGAGACUCCCCGUCCCCUUCUAUCCUCCUCCUCCUCCUCUACCAUCACUGCCAGCCGCAGAACCGUUUGAUAUGAAGACUAGGAAGAGGCCCUGCUGCUCCCUCCUCGACCAGGAGGAUGUCGACUACACCGUCCAGGGCUUCAACAAGAUCACCCUCCCGUCCCCUGCCUCCGGUCUCCGGCACACCGCCCCGGUCGCGAUGGAGAACGUCGAUGAGGUCUCUGGGGCUCCUAGUGGCAAGAAUCGUGGAGGUUCUGGGGUUGGCAACGCAGGCUUUGCAUCGCCGGAGAAGCUAGUUUUCGGAGUUAAUCCAGCGGCAGUGACGACUCCUUCCCCGGCGAGAGGAAGCUCUUCGUCUUCGCUUCCACCCAAGCCGCCACUGCAGAGGACUGUGUCUGACCCGACCCCAUACCAGACCCCGGGGUCCAUCAAUUCGUUCUUCAGAGGGUCCAGCUCCAGUGGCAGCCAAGGCAGUGCCGAGGAGAGGCCGGACUCCAGGAGACUGAAGAGGAUGAAGCGUUGCCUUAAGGAGAUGGGCAAGUGGUGGGAUCAUGUGAUGCGGGAAGCCGGCGAGGAGGAUGGACCAAAUGAACAAGGCAACAUUGAUACAGCAGAGAUUGUGCGUCAGGAAAAGUGCGAAGAAGCCGAGGAGGAGGAGGACAAUCAAGAAGCCGUGAGCGUGGGAGUCAUUGGCGAUUGCUUGUCCCUUGAUUUCAAUUGUCCCUGUGGGAAGGGGUACCAGAUAGUGCUCUCUGGGAAGAAGUGUUACUAUAAGCUCUUGUGAGCCCUUCUUUUGUGUGUCGGUCAAAAAGACAGUCCUUCAUUACAUCUAUUGCUGUUCUUUGUCGCUUCCACAGAAUCACAUAUGCAUUAGAUUCUAACGGUGACACAAUGGGGUCUUUGGCAAUCUUAGACAGGGAUGUCUUCCUCUAUUGCUAGUCAAGUUUGGUUAUGAAUGGGGGAUCUGCCUGCUGUCAAGUGUCUUCAGAGUCUUACUAAUGGAUGUGAUUAUUCUGUUUCUGACAUCAUUGAUUUCAAUCACAUCGUUUAGCUCUUGUAA